CGAAACAGCCGGGAAGCGCCGAGUGCGCGGCACUGAAGUGUUUUUUCGCCCCGAGGAGAGUGCUAAGUGGUAAAGGUCCGUGCGCGCGCGGACACAAACUGGAUAAGCAGCGCGUGUACGCCCACGUAGAAGCCCGGGAGAACGUUAAAUGAAUGUUGUUGCGGCGGGCGUUGGCGACCGCGACGGGAAAAUUGAGGGGGCACGGCACACGCAGGAUCGCUCGAUUUAAAUUCAUAGAUGUACGAGCGGACGAGCCCACAAUGGUGGCUCGGCUCCCGCAACAAGUUCUGCUGCUAUUUGUACUCGUUACCGGAGCGUCCACGGGCGAGGCCGAGGAUCCGCGUUGGAGCACGUACAGCUCUCGGAAAACGAGUCGGUCCUCGUCGUCGCGAUCCUGGCAGUCCUCGAGUCUGGAGCACGCGAGGGAGAUCAGACCCUCGAGCGACAAGCUUCCGGAAACUACUCCUUGGAGCGUAGACAGAUCGAGUCCCGGAACUCGAUCGGACUUAAGUUUUCUGGGAACGGUGGUCGAGAGGUCGUCCGAAGAGGACGAGGACGGGAGAAGGAGGAUGACGACGCAAUCACUUGGAGUCAAUGACAUCGUACAUACGGAAAUCACACGCCAUAACCCGUCCAUCUCUUCCACAAGCGACGAAACGAGCCAGACAGAUCCGUCCAAUCGGAUUCCCAUCGAAUCGUCGUUCACGCAGUCAGCGAUUGGCUAUCACCUUGCGACAACCUCGCCGACUCGUUGGAGCUUACACGACAUAGUGCCGACGACCGUGACACGACUGUCGCCCGAGACGGUCUCACGCUGGAAGUUGAAAAAUACGACGCCGAUAGAGACGUCUACGAGAGACGUCGCGAUGCCACGACGCCACAUGAGGCACGUCCCAGACAAAUGCGAAAGGUUUCAAAUCGGGGAUCCGGCGAAGCAGGAAUUUUAUAGCCCGCAUUAUCCCGAUCCGUAUCCGAACGAGACCGACUGCGUUCGAGUUUUGGAAGCUGACAAAGGUAUGCUGCUGAAGCUCGACUUUCGGGACGAGUUCCAGCUUGAAGACAGUCCGGACUGCCGUUUCGAUUUCCUCGAGGUACGUGACGGCCAGCACGGUUUCUCUAAUCUCCUCGGCAACUUCUGCGGCACGAAUUUUCCCCCCGAGAUCACAUCGAAGACGCGAUACCUCUGGUUGCGAUUCCACAGUGACGAGAACAUCGAGGGCAAAGGCUUCAAGGCUGUAUGGAGCAUGAUACCGAGACCGACUCAUCCGGGCGUGCCACCGGAACCCGAACCGUGCAUAGUUAACGUGACGGGUAUGCAAGCGAUAAUUCACAGCGACGACGUCAAGGAUAAGAAAGAUCUAGCCGAGAAAGAGGGAAUGCCUUUAGAUUGCAUGUGGGUCAUUCGAGUUCAGGAAAAAUGGAAGAUUCAAUUGACGUUCGAGGGCAAUUUCAAACUGAAGUUACCAAACGAGUGCGACGUCAACUUCGUGGACGUAUUCAGGGAACGCACGGACAUGCUUUCUCACGAGAGACUUUUUUGCGGCAGCAUCGCCGAUACCAUCGUCGUUCCCAGCAAUAUCGCUCACUUGAGGUUCUACGUGGAGCCGAAAGCUAUAAACAGCACCUUUGAAGCAGUAAUGACCGCUUUCAGGGACAAGGAAAGCGGCGAGAAAUCCUGCAAAGAGGACGAGUAUGACUGCGAGGACGCGACUUGCAUCGCCGCGGAAUUGGAGUGCAACGGAAAGGUGAACUGCCGCUUUAGGUGGGACGAAGACGACGCGAAGUGCAACACGAAGAAGUCACGGUUGAUCGACUCGCAGCACAUCGUCAUAAUCCUCGUCGUUUUCUGCUUAAUUAUGUUUGGCAUGAGCUUUGCCCUCGUUUUCAAUUGCGUGCGAAAGCUCAUCGAAGAUCAUCGUAUAAUCCAGGCGCACAAGAGAGAAUCUCGGGAGAAUCGCUUGGACGAACUGGGUCGAAAGUCGACGUCGUGUCCGAUCUCAACUUCAAGGACAGAUUUGCGCGAUCACGGCAGUGAGUCGCCAAGUUUGGAAGUCCUGCCUAGUAAGGAACUAAUGCCACCUACCACUAUGAUACCGCAAGAGUACACGAAGGAUCUUGUGCUCGAGAUGACUUACAACGCGGGCGAUAUCACCGACAUUCACCAGAGCAACAACGUGAGCAAUGCCACGCAAGAACGUUUGCAGGAGUCCAGCGAGGAACCGGAAACGCGCGACAAUUGCUGUCAGACCAGAGAGAGCCUUUUUGAGCCUCGAUUAUCGGACACGCCGAUGCAGCUCGGUUUUACGACCUUCGGCGUACGCGCACCCAGCGCUCAGAACGGGACCAAUUUUCAUCAUCAUCAUCAUUACCAUCAUCAUCAUCAGCCACAUUCGCAGACGUCGCAGCAGAGUUCGCAUCCGAGCGGCCAGUCCUCGCAGCCAAGCUCGCAGUCGUCCCAACCGGGUUCUCAGCCGCAGAGCAUCUCCCAGUGCUCCGGUUGCAGUCCAGCGUCCCGCGGACGGGACGGCAGUAUGGGCAUAUGUCCGAAACACAAUCCCAUACCGGCGCCACCUGGCUGGUCCACGCACGAGUCCAGCUACCCGAUAUCUGCGUCACAGACCGUCCAGUAUCCGGAACAGCUGGACUAUCCUUCCUACCAAAGGUUCCAGAGCCCGAAACCCAGCAGGGAUUCAAGCGGUGUUUAUCGACAGUCGCCUAAUUUAAUCCGGCAGCCUACCGUGGGCUCCGGCGAGAGAUAUGGCAGUUCCAUGUACGGAUCCAGACAUGGUUCUAGUAACAACACUUCCAGCACGUCGCAACAGUCUUCCGGCAACACGCCCACCAAACGUCAGCCUCAACCCACGCCGGAUCCGAGAUACCGGGCCGAAGCUGUGAUCGAGGUGGAUCAGCGACGGCCGUUUAGCAUAGAGAGCACAAAAAGCGCGCCUGAUGUGAUCGUGACGCACUGACGCCGGGGUCUUGGGGAUUGGGAACCUUACAAGAGACGCCAUCCCCGUCAAGAUAAUUCAAUUCGAUGCGACAGCGGGAACAAAGUGACCGUCGCCACGCAGAGCUCUCUCGAUGACGACGUCUCAACGAGCUCGACCGCGGAGGCCAACUUUUCCUCCUGAUCCACGUGUCGCAACGCGAUCGAUCGCGAGAAGUCGCUCGCGUCGAAGAAUAUCUGUGAUCGCGACUCGUCGAAAACCAACCAGCCGUCUGAGACAAGCGACUUAUUCAUUUCUAUUCAUUCGACCAAAGAGAAGCAUAGUGAGAAACUCGCUGCUCAAGUGGAAGAAUCGAUCGAUCAGAUCAGUGCGGAAUCCCGAGCGGACGGUAAUUUCGCUCCGCAUCCGGCAAGUUGCGUUGAUCGGAUGACAACCGGCGACUCGCUGAUCUCCAGACCGCGGCUCCAAACAAAAGCGGCUUUGAAGCUGAACGAUUUGCCAAUUUUGCGACCACCGGAGGGUUUCAGGGUACCUGUGUUCAAAUGCAGAACACCGUCGUUGUCCUGGCAACAUUGCGGAUGUCCGUCGCACACGCAUCCGUUGCCGCGGCGAUCGUCGAUUAUUUGGACCGCCUUCGAACGAUGCAGCACGGAUCCUGUGUAUCGCACUUGGCCCAACCGAGCAGCUAGACGAUUCGGGAGACCGGCGCGAAGAACAGUCGGCACUCAGAGCUCGCUGGACGGCUCCCGAUCAUCUCUCGGCGGUCUCCGAUGCGUCGUCCGAUCGAUCGACAUGAUGGAAAGAUCGUUGGACCAAGAGAUCGGAGCUUCCAUACCUUUCUAGUGUUUAGCUUUACGGCUCGUGUAUGACAUCACAAGCAAUUUUUUUUAUCGGUGUUUAGCGUGUGAGUGUCGCGCUGUCUUCUUGAGGAACAACGCCAACUUUAUCGAGCGCGAGCUGCUCGACGUUAGCUGCAUCGUUACCGAGGCGAUAAAAAGAGUGUACAUCAAUCAUGUAUAUAACCGUGUCUGCGGUGUGUUUGCUAGUGAGAUCCAAGUAAGAUCGAUAAUGACUCGCUUGGGCGAGUCGAAAACGCGCGUUUUCUAUAUAUAGCAAAGAAGAUAAAAUUAAGAAACACACUCUGCCGCUUCCAUUCGAGCGGUUCGAGUUAAGGUGACCACACUCCGUGUGGCGACAUUAUGCGAAGAGAAGUUUGCGGAAAGCAAAAUUCGAAAUCCGCAUUUUUUCCGCCACGUACGAACGAUGAUCGUGGAUGACAAUCGCUGCCUUUUCACGCUAUCUGCGCGACGAACGAGUCGUAAAUAAAAAAAAAUAAAAAAAAAAAAAUAGUAUCGUAGCGUAGACUUUGGGAUAGUACCGCGAUUGAAAUCGAGUCACACCUCUGCUGAAACAUUCGCGAUUAUAGAACAAAAAAAAAAAAAAAAAAAGAGAUAAGGAAAGAGAGAAACGUGUCGUCGAUUCCGAGAAAAGAAACGAAAGAAUAUCUUUGUUUUCGAACUUGCGCUUUCAAGUAUAAAAAAAAAAAAAAACAAAUAUGUUCGUAUAGUAUUUUACUCGUCUUGUUAUUUUUUUUUUUUUAAAUAAAGUUUUUCAUCCGCAAAAGAGAGAAGUUUUUACGUCGGCGAAUAUUACGUGUAAUAUUCUUCGAAAGUAUGCUUGAUAUUCUAAAAAUUAUAUUAAUGCGGAUGAUGCGCGAUAUUGCGUCGGAAUUACUUAUUUUCAAAGUGUAUAUUAUAAACACGAAACUGCAUAUAGUUGUAGCAAAAAGCGAAAACGACACGUUCCGAGAAUUUCUUCGUAUUAAUCUUCGUGUAAUAAAUAUUCCGAAUCGCUUUUCUACUUCGUUUUGUAAUGUAUCGCGAGGUAAUGAUAGUAGAAAACAAUUCCUACCGCCUCACGCUUCCUUUCGAACGUUUGAAUAACUUCCUCGAAUUAGUACUGGCGGUUGUAUCGCGAAACAAUGCUCCCGCUUUAUCGAUUACCAGGCCGCGGAUCGAUCGAUUUUUGUGUGUGAAAUCUCGCGGGGUUUAAUGGGACGUAACAUAUCGGGAACGAAACCUCAUUCGUCCGUACCACAUAGUACACCAGCCCAAAAAGAGGAGAGCGAGAAGGCGGGAACUGAGAGCUAUUAAUCACCUGUCAGCCGAGAGAGAACAAACAAACUCCUACGAUGGUCCCGCGAUCUUUCCCACUUAGCCGCGGGGAAAACGCGAGUAAAGUGACUGGCCGGAGUUUUCUCGAAAACCACGAAACCAAAAGUAAAGGAACGACUAAUUACUUCGAUCAUCUAUAGGCAAUUCGCUUUCCCGAAUCCUCGGUAGACAGAACGCGAGAAGCAGAAAUCUGGAACAAACACGCGAUAAAACUAUCGGAUUCAUAAAACACCGUGUGUGUGUUCUCUUGGAUUCGCCCGUUAUUCCAGUCACGUAGUUCGAAGUGUAUCGAUACUUCUUCUUUAGCAACACCCACGCGCAGCAAACUAGAAAACGUUUCCGAUAAUUCUUCCCAAAUCCAUCCGGAGUUGCGAAUCGGGUCAAGAUUAACGCGGGAAGUUAAAACGCGAUGUUUGACUCUAUGAAUCCGAGAGUUUUAAUCUUGAGCGUGCGCGGUUGAGUAUAGAGAUUCUUAAUCUUUCAUAUCAUUUAUAACGCGGUUCGAUAGGCGCGCCAGGAGGGAAAUAAACGACGAGAUGUAUCAACGCGUAUAUAUAUA